CAGUGUGGUGGCUUGGCGCCUCCCCUCUUUUCUCCUCUCCUCUAUAAAAUGUGCACAAUCUGCUCCUUGUGUGCACUCUCAGUCAGAUCGAGUUAGUGUGACUGCGGCCUCACGGGAUAUUAACGCAGCAGAAGAGCGCCUGAGAAGAAAAAAAACACGCACACACAAAUACUCAUAUUUGAAGCAGUUUAAUUCGCAUCUCUAGCUCGGUGCCAUAUAAUAGUUGAUUUUCUCGUUGUCUGCGAUGAAGGCUGUUCCUCCUGCGCACCCCCAGGACUCUUCGUCUUACUCCUCCUCCAUCAGCAGCAGCAGCAGCAGCAGGCAGCUCUCCUUCCACUAUCUGACCAAGCAGAGUCUCAACGCCGCCCGGUCCAGGAUGGAAGAGGAGGACCGGCACUGUCUGCAGUACGACAUGAACGACUGCUACAGCCGACUGAAACGCUUGGUGCCCACCAUUCCGCAGGAUAAGAAAGUCAGCAAAGUGGAGAUCCUCCAGCACGUCAUUGACUACAUUCUGGACCUGCAGUUGGCCCUUGAGACGCACCCUUCUCUCCACAAACAAGCGCCUCAGCGGACCGGAACGUGCGUUCCUCUGGCGUCCAACCCCAGCCGAACGCCGCUUACGGUGCUCAACAUUGACCACCACCAGAUUACGUCAAUUGUCAAAAAGCCAGAGGACUCCAUUUUAUGCCGCUGAAGCAAAAGCAACGCAUUGUCAGUCUGGAGCGCUGAAGCUCAACCCCCCCAUCUCUAUUCAUGCCCUCCACAGGUGUGCAGGCUGCACAGAAUUGCUCCAAAAGCCAGCAAAGCUUCGCCAGGAACUCACAGCCAACUGGAUGCACAAUCACAAAGGAAUUUGGAAACUAUCGGAAGGAACUAUUCUUAAAUAUAAUGACUAUUUUUAUUCCAUUGAGCAUGGAAUGAGUAUAAAAAAAUGUCUCCUUAAGUUUGCCCCAAACCAACCCUAUCCACUUUUUUUUGCCAUAUUUUCUUUUAAAAAUCAAAUGACAGUCUUAGACUUUUUUUUAAAACCAGUCACGAACAAGCAUUACAUGAAAACCUUUUGUGAAUUGUGCUUUAAGAAAAUGUGAGUUUAAAGCUUUACUGAACUGCAAAAUUGCUGUACAUAUUUCGGACAUCUAUUGUUUCAAAUAGAUGAUUUGUGUGGAGCAGGGAUGCCAUUCCUGCCAUCACAUCAUAUUUGAUAUUGUAAAGAAGAACAAUUCAAUCUGAAAAAUAAUUAUAAUUGUACUUGAAGAGAAACAAAUGUUCUAUGAUUUAAAAAAAAUACAUGAACGGAAUACGCUUAUGCUUCAAAUAGACUACUGUAUUGUAAUUAUGAGAUAUUUUUAUUAAGAGUCAUGUUGGUUGUUUUGUAAAUAUUGUGUUUCCACUUUGAAGUCUUUUGUGAAUGAAUGUGGUUUUGUCCUCAUAUGACGAUAUCAGUUCACUUUGCAAUGUUUUGGAAUAGAUUCAUAUGUAGCAUGUCAGGCUCAUUGCAGAGAUGUCAAAUGUGCACUGAAGCAGGCCUCCCCGUGUAGAUAACUUCUUUUAUUUGCUCAGCUUUCCCUUGUUUUUAUACUCACUAACUAUGACACUUGACCCGUUCGGGGGCAAUAGGUCGCUCAGCUAUUUUAUAUGUUGGGUUGUUGUAGUUGUUGUUGGGUGUUUUUUUUUUAAUUUUAAUGAAAAGGCCGGACUUCAUUAUUUUACAAUGCACACUUGUGAAAAAAAAUCCACAACAUGCAGCACUUCUAACAAUGUACAAUGUAAUACCGAAACAGGUAAUUCUACUGAAUCACUUUUUAUUUUAUGAGGACGGAGGAACAAACAUUAAUUACAGUUAAUUGCGAUGAUUAGCAUGUUUUUUUCUGCUAUCGAGCUUAUUUCGCACGCAUAUGGUUAAAUAAGAAAAUAAACUUUUUUUUUUCCAUGACAUUGAACACCGAAUUUACCUCACCACCCUCCUGCCAGUGUGGGAGGGCACAUGUAAAUGACUGUCAGCUGCACUGUUGGAAUUGACCUUCACUGGCUUGUGAGGCGUUGUCAAAACAAUUAAAGUUUCCAGGAAGAA